AUGGCGGACCGACACCGCAAGGAAGCUACUCCUCCGCCUCUGCUGCUCAUACCAGCCAGUGGAGGACUUACUCUUAACCCACCAGAGCAACCUAAUAUUCUUAUGCCUGUAGUUCAAUCAGAACCUUCCUUAUUAUGUCCGGAUGAAGCUGAAGCAGACAGUUUUGUGGGUCAAAACUUAUCAGAACCAAACAGUACCACAUCUAGUCAAAGUGCUUCUCCCUUUUCUAUGUUUCAACAGUCCAGUCCUACUGGCCUAGACCCAUUUGCUCAAGUUGGACAUCGGCCACCACCUGUGUCAAUGCAACCAGCUAUUCAGCUAAAAUCAGAUGUAUCUAGUCCUCAACAAUCACCAUUCUCUCCACAACUUCAACAACAGACACACACUCCACAAUCACAACAUCAAACACCUUUAUCAACAACACCUUCACUGCAGCAACCACAACAGAUUUCCUUGCCCCCAACUUCUCAAGUGGUUUCAACCCCACCACAGUUAGCCUGUAUGAAUCCAGUUCAAAAUUCAACAGUAACUCCAGGUGGGCCACCACCUGUAGGACCACCACCAUCUAGCAGUGCAGGGUCAACUCCAAACAGAUAUCGUCAAAAGGGGCCUUUGCGCUAUGCACCCCCACCGGUUGAUUCCUUUCCUAUGAUUGGUUCCCCACAUCCUGGUUCAGUUGGGCCUUCUCCUUCAUCCCCUCAGGUACCUGUAUCAACAUCACUUCCUCCAUCCAUACCUAGUGUUUCUGAUACCAACCCUGGAGGUCAGUUCCAGACCUCACCUGUGCCACCUACAAGCUCCUACCCAACCAAUACUGUCAGUGGGCUCUAUCAACCAGUUCAAGCACAUUGGUGCUUUUGCAAGCGUAUAGAAAACAGAGAAGUGUGGUUCCCAUUCUCUAUUGCAGACUCUCUACGCUUAGAAGGUGCUUUUCAAAGAGGCUGUCUUGAACCAGAAGUGGUUGCUACAGAUGGUGGUCGGUAUGAUGUAUCUAUUAGCCAAAGGAUAAGAACAGCUGUGUACUGGGAUGAAGAACCCACUCAUGUUAGGCGCAGCACAUGGUUCUACAAGCGAGAAGGGGACAAUAAAUAUGUGCCUUACACAGAAGCUUUUGCCCAAAAAUUAGAGGAGGAGUAUAAGAAUGCUGUUUUGAACAAUGUAUGGCAUAAACGCCUAGAAUUUCCUGGAGGUGAAACAAUUGUGAUGCACAACCCCAAUGUGAUUGUACAUUUUCAGGCUUCUUCACAACCAGAUGAAUGGGGAACUGUACAUCUCUCCCCAUCCAACCAUGAAUCUCUCUAUCAGAGUAUCCAGGGAGACCAGAUGAGACCAAGGGUUGUCAAAAGAGGAAUUGAUGACUUUGCUACAGUUUUAGAUGGUGAAACUGGCCAGAUUGAUCAUCUUGUAUUUGUCGUGCAUGGCAUUGGAGCAGUAUGUGACAUUCGAUUCCGUAGUAUUGUUGAAUGUGUUGAUGAUUUCCGUUCUAUUUCCCAAACACUUCUUCACUCACACUUUAGUGAUGCUAUAAAAUCUGGAAGAAUUGGACGUGUUGAAUUCCUACCAGUUCAUUGGCACACAACCCUACAUGGAGAUGCAACAGGGAUUGAUAGUCGAUUGAAAGCAAUAACCUUACCUAGCACGGGAAAACUGCGCCAUUUUGUGAAUGAUACUUUAUUGGAUAUUUUAUUUUAUACUAGCCCCAAAUAUUGUCAGACUAUGUGUGAUACAGUUGGUUCUGAAAUCAACCGUUUAUACAAGCUAUUUCUGAAAAGAAACCCUACAUUCCGUGGUUCAUUGUCAGUGGCUGGUCAUAGUUUGGGUUCGUCAAUUCUCUUUGACCUCCUUCUGCACCAGCAUGACCCACUUAGCAGUCCUGAUACAGCUUCAUCAGAAAAUAAAGUAAAAGAAUCAACUCCAGAAAUCUCUGCAGUUGAAAAUAUGGAGCUACCCCCUCCUGAGAAAAGUACUGAAGAUCAACAACCAGAUAUGACACUUGAAGAGCUCUUGGCUCGAGUUGGACUUCAGGACAAGCUUAAGAUAUUUGAACAGGAGCAAAUGGACAUGGACUCAUUAACAAUGUGCAGUGAUGCAGAUUUAAAAGAUCUUGGUUUGCCAAUGGGCCCAAGAAAGAAGUUGCAGAUGCUGCUGAGAGAAGAACAGCAAAAGCGUAUUCUUAAGAAACAAGAAGCUGAAAUGAAAGCCAAACUUGAAAUGGAAAAGAAUGCAAAAGAAGCUGAAGAAGUUAAAAAGAAAAUGCUAGAAGCUGAAAAACUGGACACAGAAAAGUUACAAAUGCGCCAAACCUCAGUGUCUGUAGAUUAUUUAAUGGGUGUUGCUGGCACAGGUCAGCCUUCUGUAGAAUACCCACAGCUACUUUUUCAGCCAACCAGCUUCUUUGCUUUUGGCUCCCCCAUUGGAGUAUUUCUUGCAGUUCGAGGUGUGGAGAAUGUUGGUGAAGAGUUUCAUCUUCCUACUUGUCCCAGAAUGUUUAACAUUUUCCAUCCGGGCAGAUCCAAAUGCAGAAGCCACACUAACUUUUCCACAAUGAUUGAGCAAGAAAAAAAAAGAAACGUUGAUGAUGUAAUAAGUCAGUUGACCAUUGCUGAGGAUGAAAGGGCAGAAACUGGAUCCAUUGCUUCAAGUCAUGAUGAAGAGAUCAAUAUGGGUCAGUUGAAUGAAGGUCGAAGGGUUGACUAUGUUUUGCAAGAGAAGCCAAUUGAAAGCUUUAAUGAUUACCUAUUUGCAUUAGCCAGUCAUGGAUGCUAUUGGGAGUCUGAAGACACAGUGUUGUUGGUGCUGAAGGAACUGUACAGUUUGAAUGGUGUGAAACCCCAAAUGCCAUGGCCAGACUCCCAGGCAGUUCGGGGUCCACUACCCACCACACCAAGCAAUGUUGGCAUUAGCAUGAACAUGCAAACCCCUUCCCAAGGACCACCUCUACUUUCUUUUCCUUCACAAAUACCACCUACAUCUGGAUACAUACCAGCUUCAACCCCAUCAAGUAUGCCCUCUCCCGUGACCCCAACAGCUGGUUUCCUAAGUUCUGUUGGGUCACCUACAAGGAUGCCCUCUUUAUCACAUUCACCUGUAACAACAAACAUUGGCCCGCCCCCACUUACUGGAUUUGUUAAAUCAGGAAAAUAA